CUGUCUUCUCCCCCUUUCGGGGAACACAGGCGAAAGUUAAUCCCCGACUCAAAAACUCCAAAUGGCGUACGCAGAACUCCCAAAAUGACAGCCUCGGUCAUAAGCCAUGCCGGCCACAACUUUCAUGAUGUUAUGCAGCUCAAACACGGGUCUUACGCAGAUCUCCCUGCUGCCAAAAUGUCGGAAAUGAUGAAAUCGAACAGCUUGGACAAUGCUCCGAUUCAGUCAUUAUUGAGCGUUGUCAACGGAAUAUUAGACGAGGGCGUGGAGAUGAAGAGUGGAGCAAUACCUCAUCGAGUCGCUUGCCUCUUGAGGAAAGUUGUGCAGGAGAUCGAGCGUAGGAUAUGCACUCAAGCAGAGAACUUGCGCACGCAAAACAAUCUUUUCAAGGCGCGAGAAGAGAACUACCAAUCCAGAAUUCGAGUGCUCGAAGCCCUUGCAACAGGGACUAGAGGAGAGACUCAGGUAUGGAAGCUCUUCCCGUUCCAACUUUACAAUGACAAGAACAAAUUUGAGGAGGAAAAGAAGGCCGAAGAGCAUGAGGCGUCGAAACUGGUCAACGAGAAAGAAUACAUCUAUCAAGGGGUUGCGAAUUUGAGGCGAAGGCAAGAAGACACUAGAGGCAUUCAACAAGAGCUUCAGGAGAGAUUGCCAACAGAGAACGAGGCCAUGAAAAUCGGUGGGGAUGAGCUUGAGGAUAAAAAGAAAGAAACACAAAGUUUACUAGCAGAGUCGAGGGAGAGGAUAAAGCAGCUCGAGGCGAUGAAUGCUGAAAUUGGCGUUCGCCAGCGAGAGCUCGAGAAUAGGUUCAAGGAAGCACAAAACUUGCUUAAAGAGUCAAGAGAUAGAGUGAAGGAACUCGAGGAAAUGAAAGGAGGCAGCGAAGAAGAGCUUAAGGAUAGGCUAAAAGAAGAGUCGAGAGCUGGAAUAAACAAGGUUGAAGCUAGUGAUGGCCAUCAAGAGCUUGAGAAUAAGUCCAACUUGCUAAGAGAGUCAAGAGAGAGAGUAAAGGAGCUCGAGACAAUGAAGGUUGAAGCUGAUAACAAGCAGAGAGAGCUCGUGCAGAGGUUAGAUGAAGCUCUGACCUUGGUAACGCAGUUGAAAUCCAGAGUGCAGGAGCUAGAGGCAUUAUUGAAAUCGAAAUCGGAAUGGUGGAAGAAGAAACAGACUUUUAACCAAAUUUUUAUAGAACAUCAGCUUGGUGUAUUACCUGAACUAAAAUUCGCAUCUCAGGAGAUCAAGCAAGAAUUCCGGAAAAUAAAGGAAAGCUACUCAGAAGAGUUCAAUAACUUAGCUUCGAAAAUCAAGAUUCUUGGCGAUGCAGCAAAGAACUAUCACCCUCUCCUUGCUGAAAACCGAAAGCUGCACAAUGAGUUGCAGGAGCUAAAAGGAAACAUUAGAGUCUACUGCCGGAUAAGGCCGUUUCUCCCAGGGCAAAAGGGGAAACAAACGAUCAUCGAAUACAUUGGUGAAAAUGGAGAGCUAACGGUUGCCAAUCCUGCCAAACCGGGUAAAGAAGGGCGCCGUUCAUUUAGGUUUGAUAAAGUGUAUGGCCCAACAUCUACUCAAGCUCAAGUUUUUGCAGAUACUCAGCCAUUGAUACAAUCUGUUCUUGAUGGAUUUAAUGUGUGCAUUUUUGCGUACGGACAGACUGGGUCAGGGAAAACAUACACAAUGACUGGUCCGGAUGGAGCAACUGAAGACGAAUGGGGGGUGAACAAUCGAGCGUUGAAGAACCUUUUCACCAUUACACAAGAUCGGGGCAGCAUCCUUCAAUAUGAAGUUUCUGUUCAGAUGGUGGAGAUAUACAACGAACAAGUCCGUGAUUUGCUCUCGAAUGAUGCUCAAAAGAAACUUGGGAUUUUGACUAGCUCGCAACCGAACGGGCUGGCCGUGCCAGAUGCAAGCAUAGAGCAGGUCAAGUCGACCGAAGACGUGAUGAGACUAAUGGAUAUCGGAUUGCAGAAUAGAGCUAAAAGCUCCACAGCCAUGAACGAAAGAAGCAGUAGAUCACACAGUAUCGUGUCAAUUCAUACACGAGGAACGGAUUUGAAGAGCGGUUCUUCUCUACGAGGCAGUCUUCAUUUGGUGGAUCUUGCCGGGAGUGAAAGAGUAGACCGGUCAGAGGUGACGGGGGACAGGCUCAAAGAGGCGCAACAUAUCAACAAAUCAUUAUCUGCGCUUGGCGAUGUGGUGUUUGCAUUGUCACAGAAGGCUGCUCACGUUCCGUACCGCAACAGCAAGCUCACUCAAGUCCUUCAGAGCUCAUUAGGUGGGCAUGCAAAGACACUGAUGUUUGUACAGAUGAACCCUGAUGCUACUUCUUUUAGUGAAACAUUGAGUACCUUAAAAUUUGCUGAGAGGGUGUCGGGAGUCGAGUUGGGUGCAGCAAAGAGCAACAAAGACAAUAAGGAUUCAUACGAAUUGAUGGACCAGGUUACAACUCUGACAGAGAGUUUAGCCAAGAAGGAUGAGGAGAUAGAGGCGCUGCAGAAGCAAGUGGAGAGAAAAAAGGUCACAGAUCAUUAAAGUACGAGUCUUUCUUCU